AUGCUUGCUAUUCAGAAACAACAGCAAGUACUGGGCCACCAAGUUCCUAACACUGGUAAAUCUGUCGCUCAAAAAGGCUGCCCAGAAAUUCAAAGUCAUCUUACUGAUGGGACUGAUCCUAAAACCGAAGAUUUAAGAACUCUUCCUCCAAUUGAACAAGAUGAUUCCAAUUCAAUAUCUCUGGCAAUUGAUGAUGAUUUUGUUGAAGAAACCAUACUGUACAGGAUUCAGGACGUUAUAUCAAAGUUAGAUGUCAAAACAAGAUUCUGCAUCAGAGAUAGUUUGUUUCGGCUGGCACAAAGUGCAAAGCAAAGGCAUCAUGCUAGUGACACAAGCAGUACAAACAACAAUAACAAAGAGGAGUAUGAAUUUUUUGCAAAAGAAGAAAGCAGUAGCCAGAACAGAUAUGCCAGGAUGCCUGAUGUUGAAACAGAGACGAAUUCCAUUGAUCGAACUGUGGCUCGUUUACUCUUUCAUAGGCCUGUGGAGUUAACAGGAAAUUAUUCUGACAAACUGGAGUCGCCCAUUCCAACUAAGGUGCAAUGUGAAAGCAAAGCAGCUGACCAAGUGAACUUCUCCAUGAGAUGCUUACAAGAGGCGGACUUGAGAUGUAAUCAACAGUUUUCUCCCCUUGGGUUAGAGAAUCCCUGUCCAUCUUUUGCGGUCCAGCCUGUGAAUCAAGUUAAAAACAGUCUUGGCAUAACUUCAGAGAAUGCAUCUAACCCUCAGGAGUUUAAAGCCUCUCAAUGA